CACAACCCCACCUAACCAUUCGAACAGGUCAUCCAGUAACUCGACGUCUCCCUGUAUUACAUAUUCCCCUUUAAUACAAUUUGACCCCUAUCAUAGCAACACUCGAUACGUAAUAUUUGCCUUUUCGUUAAUUCUCGUCUAUGUUAAGUAGUGUAGCUAUGGUAUCGUCCAACACCUAUCAGACCAUCCAGAAUUGGAUCAAUCGGCAGCAAGAAUAUGAGGCCACUCACUCAGAGCCUGCCCCGUUGACAGACGCCCAACGAAAACUGCUAGAGAAGCUUGAGCUCGCCUUACCAUCAGAGACGCCGCCUACGCCCGAGCCAGAGUUAGGGGACCCCAACUGGAUUGGUGAGCUACUAGAAUACCGAGCUGCUCGCCAACGGGUACCUUCAGGCAGUCCCGGGGCCGUGUUCAUGGAAGAACAAGGCCCAACUAUAGGCGGCGAGUUAAAAUGGUACUGCCGAGUGAAGAUCGACGAGAAUCCGGAACCAUUUCCCGGUCCAAACGGUGGUUUAGUAAAUGGAAACCAGCCUUAUUUCGGCCGUAAGAAAGACGCCAAGAAGUACGCAGCCAAGUGCGCGGUUGAGUGGCUUAAAGCAAACGGAUACUAUCGACCCGGAACCGAUGCUGUGAAAUCCCCUCAAGCACCCCAAGCCCCUCAACCUCCGAAGCAACAGGUUACGCCACAGUCUUCGCCGGCAAAGAAGAAACCAAAACUCUUACCAUCCUCGCCUGAAGUUCCCGCAGGUGUCACUGUCAAAUCCGAGCCAAAUGGAGCUCGACCGCUUCCCGCUUCUGCCUUCAACAGCGAUGAGAUAUCGGCCGUGGUCGAGGUCGAUCAGCUUUGUACCCGUCUCGGCCUUCCUGGUCGCCCUCAGUAUAAAAUCACGGAAAGUUCUGAUAUUCCCGGCUUCUAUAACGGGUACGUGGACCUAGGUAUACUAGCUACGAAAUUGCCUGUGGGCACCGGCCGCGUGGAAAAGGUCAUGGGCAAGAAAGCGGCCAAGGAGCGGAUUGCAGAGGAAGUGCUGGUGUAUCUACGUAAGUGGGCUGCGGAGCAUGAUGAAGCAGAUAAGCGUUUCCUAGCAGGAAUAGAAUCGAAGAAGGAAGAGGUACCACUUCCAGCAUAGUCAGAUGCAAGACAAGAGGUGCUGCUAUGAUGACUUGGAGUGCGGCUCGUGCUGCACUUGGUGUGUUACGUGGUCAUGAUUUGAAUGAAUAGGCUACGAGCAUGAAUGGGAAUAGAUUCAAAUCCAGGAUACGAUGUCUAGUGGUAACUCAAUGGGCGAAGAACCACUGGAUGUAGAUGCCGCGACUUUAAAGAAAAACGCCUAACAAAAGCUUACGUGUUCAAACCCCCUAUUAAGUCUCCGAAUUAA